GCAAAACCAGUUGGGACUCCAUCGUACGCGUGUGAGAUGAAAGUGGUUCGAACGCACGAGGAGAGUGUACAAACUUAGUACGUUGUCGGCCGCGCUCGAGUAAGGACGCGCUCUGUUACACUCCUCCGUCUUCCCCGUCAGUCGAAUCUCGAACGUUUACUGCACACGUACGUGAGCAAAUUCUCGCUUCACGAAGCGUCGCGAUCGUGGUCAUGAUCUGUUCUCUUCCUGUAAUUUAUUCCACUCUUCGAUGGUUGAUCGCCCAGAAGCUGACGAAACUCGAGCACGCGGAUUGAUAAGGAGGGAGAGAAAGAAAAAUAUCUGAAUCUACGGGAAGAAGCAGGGGCAAAGAGUUGCAACGUCGCUACAACCCUACGUCCGCGCGACACGUGUUCCUAGACUUCGUAGAAACGUAGUGUAUGCACGCAGUGUAUGUAUUGGAGUAACGCGCGUGUGGUGAUCGAGAACAGAAAGAAACUACUUGGUGCUCUUCCUUCGACGAAGGAAACGCGUCUCUGGUUUAUCUCCAAUGAAAAUGACCAGUCACGUUGUGGAGUCAGCUUCCGAGUUGUCGGCUUUGAUGAAAGUCGGUGCAAUGUCCAGUUCGGAAAAGGACGCCGGUUUCUGCAGCGGCGGAGACGAGGACGACAUGUCGGAUCUACGUUCACCGAGCGCCUCCGAGGACAGUCUCGAGGUGCAGGUAACGCCGAUAUCGUUGAAGAAUAAAAGAAAGUUGGCCGAGCCGCGGAAAAUUCACGAGCCGAGCACAGCCCCGUUGAAGAAGCGCAGGUUCCAGAGAAUCGAGGAAGAAACCGUGCCGGACGAGGAGUCGACCGGUCGAACGCUUCUUCGAUCGCCGAGCCCGUUUCGACCGUGGAGUUACACCAGCAGCAAGCAUACCAUCGACGCGAAACAUCCUUUGCCCUUGAUCGCAACUGCGAAAGAGGCUGUGCUCGAUCAAUCGACAACCUGCGUUUUCUCCUUGCUGACCAGCUUGUCGUCGUCCACGGUUCCCCCCACGAUUCCUAAUCGGAUCAACAACCCUCCUCAUCAUCAUCAUCAUCGUCAUCACCACCAUCAUCACCAUCAUCAUCCCUUGCGGAAGAAAUUCGAGUCGCAAAGUCGAGAGAGUUCUCGGAUCGAGAAUCGAGAAGUCUCGCGUGAAAAACUGAACAACGCUGCGUCCACGCCCGAGGCGACGCUCUCGCCGACUGCCGACAAGACACCAUCUCCUGUCGCGCACCCCAGAGGACUACUGCAAGAGGAACCCUUGUCGCUGGUUUUGAGGGGCGACGUGGCUGCCAGAGUUCCCUCGCACCCAGCCGUCAACGGCAAUUACGAGAAAACUGACUCGUAUUCUGUAGAACGUGCGAACGUUUUGAACGCUUCUUCCUUAUCCUCAUCUCUGUUGUCGUCGUUGUCGUCGUCGUCGUCGUUGUCCUUGACAUCUACCUCCUCCUCCUCCUCUCAUCGAUCCUGCUCGAUGGCAGAGACAACGGCCGCGAUGAUAACAGCGGUGGUGAGCACGUCGACGACUACAGUGACGAUGACGGGCGUGCAGAACAGCCUGGCGAGGCAACAUCCGACAACGGCGGGCCAACAGAGAAACUACAAAAACAUGACGCGCGAAAGGAGAAUAGAGGCGAACGCCAGAGAACGAACGCGAGUGCAUACGAUAAGCGCCGCGUUCGACACGCUGAGGCGCGCCAUACCCGCGUACUCGCACAAUCAAAAGCUCUCGAAGCUGUCCGUGCUGAGGAUCGCGUGUAGUUACAUCAUGACCCUCGGCAAGAUCGUUGAUAUCACCGACGAGGGCCAGCCAAUCAACGGCGCUUCGCUAGGGGCUUGCGUAGACCUCGUGUCCAAAACCAUACAAACCGAGGGUAAACUGAGAAAGAGAAAAGAAGACUGA